UGUUUUUCGGUGUACCUACCAGAGCUAGGUCACGCCGAAAUCAACAGCUGGGCCGGGAGGGAAACUUCAGAGCGACAGAAGCCUUAACCCACUUCACUUCAAAGCAAAUAAACAGGGAUUCGAAUUUUCCACUGUUCGCCGCUUUUAUCCACUGGAGCCUACGCCUGCAAGAUGGCUUAUCCGUGCCGAUGGUGUCGCGUGUCGCACGACUGCGUGCUGCAGAUUAACGUGGUGCUGGUCGUGGUGGGGAUAAUCUUUCUGCUGGACGUAUUCAGUCACCUCUAUCUGAAGGCGAUCAUGUUUCCCGGUCUGCGCCUCUACCCGGUGGCCUUGCGCCCCUGGCUCUUCUGGGUGCGCGGCCUAACGAUGGUGGUCUACGUUCUGAACGCGAUCCUCGGUAUCCGCAUGGCCCGGCGGCCGAGCAUCUUUAAGUUUGCGGGAUAUAUGCUGGUUGGCAGCGUAGUAUUGCUGUAUACAUCCAGCAUCGCGGUGACGCGCUUCAUGUACCGCCGCAGGUUUGAGUUUUUUGUCCAGAUGCUGGUCCUCCAGAUGUGGAUAAGGGACAGCCUUGGCAAGGUCGAGGUCGAGUUUGGAUGCUGCGGAAAGACCAGCGUGGUCGACUAUCAAACAGCCUCGUCGAACCGCACAUGGGCCAGUGGCUCCUGCUGCGGGGAGCGGAGCUGCCCUGGGUGCAUCUCGAAGCUCACCGAAUACCUGUGGACUGUCGAGAUGGACGUGGCGCGGGACAACAUCAUCGUGUCCUUGUUUCUGUUCGUUGGGCUGAUCGUCAUGGCGGCGCACUUCAAGGAUAUGCAGUUCCUCGAGGACCCCUACGACUCGGACGACUCUGAGGAGGCUUCAGAUCAGCCCGACGACGACCCGAGCACGAAGAAAACAGACCCAUUCGCAUCUGGCCGUAACAGCGACUAGAGGCUAAGUGAAUUACCCCUUUUCGCUCUGUUCAAUUCAACUUUAAUUCAAGAGUGAUAGCCAACGCCUCUGGCCGGCCCGGUCGUCUGCCAGCUUGUUGCGGCUCGUUAUGUUCGAAUUCACACAUAAAACAAAUGCGAAAAUACAUUUUAAUAGCUGCGA